CUCUGAAGCCUGCAUAAACACAAAACUAGAUGUGCCAGUCAGCAAAUAUAAAGUAAACUGAAAGCUCUAUAUUGAAAAGCUCUUCGCCAAUGGAGGCUCCCCGACCCACCCCCAGGCAACGCGGAGCAACGGCUGACAGCAUCCCAAUAACACAAUUGAAAGUGAAGACACAGCCAGUCCCUCGCCCACGGCAACACACUACCUCUGGUGGACACCAAGACUCCAUGACUGAUGAAGAGGACAUCUACACAGACAAUUCCCCACUCAGCACCUCCCAACCAACAUCACGGAAAGUGUCAUGGGGCGACAAUGCUAGCCAUGUACAGGGAUAUAAGGGAGUACCACCACAAUCGAUAGGCUUUGCUCCAGCACAUACACAGUCAGUACCUGUGGGGAUGAACAACACACCAUUAAACCGAAGGGAGGAGGAGCUUCGCCGGCGGGAAGAGCGCCUCGAGGAAAAGCGUAGUGAUCAGGAGUUUAUUCUAGCUAACAGGGAGAGGGAGGUACAACUCCGUGAGGACAGCGUGCACAUGAGAGAGAAGGAUAUCAAACACCGCGAGUUUGACCUUAUGAACUCUGACCCUACCCACGAACCCACAGGGGGAAAGCAGGCUGAACUGGUUGAAAGGGAGAUGGCGCUGGAUAACAGGGCGAGAGAUCUGGAGCGGUGGUUAGAGGAACAGAGACAGCGACUGAAUGCCUGGGAGGCUAAACUCAAUCGCAGAGAAGCUGAACUAGAUAGUGUCCGCUCCCCAGGUUACUCUCAGUAUCCUCAACCAUCCCAACAAUACCAGCAGGGAUUUUCUCCACAAGGGGGGCAAUACUACCCCCCCCCACAGAGCUACCCCCCACCUCCUGGUCAGCGGAGGGAGUAUGCAUACACGCAGCCACAGCCAGCACAACCGUCAUAUGAAUAUGCUCCCCAGAUUCCUCCGAGUGUUGCUGCUGUUCCGCUACAAAGCCCCCCUGUACAGCUACCCCCUGCAAUCAUUCCCAUAGCAACCACACAACCACCCCCUGCAAUUGUUCCCAUAGCAACCGCACAACCACCCCCUGUGGCCAUUGUAGCACAACAGAAAGUAUCACUAGACCUAGAGCUAGCCACCAUGCUCCAGAGAGACCUCUCAAUGGGGGCAAAGGCUCAGAUUGAUGAGGAUGCUGAGAUGGCCAGGUUGCUUCAAGAGGAGGAGGACAGAGAACAUCGCAUGAAGGUGGAGAUGGACACACAACUAGCCCUCAUGAUGCAGAGAGAUGAGUUGCCACUUACUGAGGACCUCACAGCUCAGGGAGGUGGUGGUGGGGGGCAGAGCAGCUCAGCACAGGAAGCCAUUCAGAAGAGACUAGAGGAGGAGCUGGCUCACAAGAGAGAGUUGGAGGAGCAGUCUCGACGACUUGCACAGGAGCUGCAGGGACAGGAGGCUGAACCCAUCCCCUCAAGGAACGACCUCAACUCUUAGCUCGAGUACUUCGUUAUAUUAAAGCAGCUACAGCAAUUUAUCAGGCACAUUUUGUACAAGUCAUAACUAUAUAAUUAUAGACCAGUAUAAUUAUGUUUCAUUUGUUAUUUUUUGGUUUCCCUGACGUAAUUAGUUUAAUUUAAAUUACAUUCAUAUGUACGUGUUUAUAUUAUAUUAUAUAUCCCAUCCAUUGACAGACUUUUUUUGUAUGUAUCAAUAUUUUUAUGGUGACGUGAAGAA